UACCGGUAUAUAAGAAACUCAAAGCAAAUAAUGUUACCACACAAAAACAGUGUGUACAAUUUUAAUCGAAACAUUCGUUUAAAGCCAGGGUUGGACGGAGCAAUCUUGAAUCGAAUGAAAACUAAAAUUAAGUGGCUGCGAACUAAACAGAACAAAUUAGUAAUGAUCUGCCUAGAUGGAAUGUCUGUUAAAUCAGAACUGACUUAUUGUGCUAAGUCCGACACGUUCUAUGAAUUUUCGGAUUACGGCGUUGUAAAGAAGGUCGAAAGGAAUGAUCCUACAAAACUGGCAACUGAAGCAGUUGUAAUAAUGGUCUCUGGGAUAUACAGUAGAUUCAAGCAGCCUGUUGGAUAUUUUCUUGCUCACAAUACCCUUGGAAGUGAAAUUCAAAUGAAGCUCACAAGAAAAAGUAUUAUUGCUAUUCGUGAUACCGGACUCAUACCGAUAGCUCUGGUGAUGGACCAGUCUACAACAAAUCAAAAAAUGAUUCGUGAAGCUGGCGGAACUGCUGAACACCCAAUAAUACAAGUUGACAACGAAAAUAUAGCCGUUAUGUUUGAUCCACCCCAUUUGUUGAAAAAUGCACGAAAUGCACUUUAUAAGUACAACGCUGUAUUCGAAGACCAGAUAGCCUCAUUUAAUCACAUCAAGCUUCUUUUCGAAACUGAUGUGGCAUCCACGUUGCGUUUAGCUCCCAAACUUCUUUAUAAAGCUAUUCAACUUCCACCGUUUUCGAAAAUGAAUGUUUCUAUAGCAACACGUACGUUAAGCGAAUCAUGUGCUAUUGCCAUUCGACAUUAUGUGGAAAUAGGAUCACUACCAACAGCAGCACUACAAUCAGCGUCUUUCAUCGCACUCCACGAUAAACUAUUCGAUACAUUCAAUUCGAAAGAACGUUACGUGAAUUCAAUUGGCAAGGUAAAUGGAAAUAUUGUUAUUUUGAAACCAACCUAUCUAGACCAGAUCUAUGCAAGCUAACCUUAUUAAAAAAUCAUUCAAAGUUUCUAUCGAGCAGUGGUUCUAGUUUGCAUUCAAUAUAUGACUGAAUACCAGUUGUCCUAACCACAUUUAUUACUUCAGCCUUACAGAACUCCAAUAACAGACAAUUCUGUGCAUCUUAAAUUUCUAGAGGAAACACAACGAGUCGUCAAGACAAUGUACUAUACUGUAAAUACGUGCUUCAACAUUAAAACAGUAAAAAAAAUUUGGGCCUAUUCGAACUCAUUACUUAUACCAAAUAUAUUAAUUAUUUUCAGGCAAAAAAAUUGUCCAGAGCACUAACUAGUGCCCAAAAACGUCCGGUAUACCUUAACGGUUAUAUAGGGAACAUCAACGCUUUGAAGUGGAUUUGGAACACGCUGAAAGAACAAUACAGCUGCAAUUAUCUAUGCACAAACCCACUGUGCCAGGACUGCUUGGAGAAUUUUUUUUCUGAAAUUGGACGCCGUUGUGGGUUUAAUGAAGCUCCCAAUGCUUUCCAAUUUUGCACUGCAUUUAAAUAUGCCAUGAUAUCAUCCAGUAAAUCAAGUAACAUCUCCAAUGAUGGUAUGAAUUGUGAGAACGAUAGGCUUCCAUUUUUCCUGAAUGAGGAAGAUCUUGAAGAAACUUUCACGGCGGUGUCAAACACUCUAACAUUUGAUUUCGAACCAUUAAAUGUUGAUGCACCCUAUCAGUUCCUCGCGAAGGAC